UCUGAAUCCUCUUAACUUGUGCUACCGGAACCCCGGCGCACCAACUAUAAAAGGUGGCCGGCUUACGAUUUAGGGUUUCCUGUCCUUCUCGCCCUUAGCCCCGCCGCCACUUACCAUUCUCUCCGACGAAAAGUUUAGCAGCUAAGUCAGGCUUGGAACUAUGAGUAAGUUACAGAGUGAUGUUUUGAGGGAAGCAAUAUCCCAACUUGUCAGCGACUCUCGUGAAAAAAAGCGCAACUUUACGGAAACUAUUGAACUGCAAAUUGGACUGAAAAAUUACGAUCCUCAAAAGGAUAAGCGCUUCAGUGGCUCCGUUAAGCUGCCCCAUAUUCCUCGUCCCAAGAUGAAGGUCUGCAUGCUUGGGGAUGCCCAACAUGUUGAAGAGGCUGAGAAGAUAGGUUUGGAGUGGAUGGAUGUUGAAGGGCUGAAGAAAAUGAAUAAGAACAAAAAGCUUGUCAAAAAGCUUGCUAAAAAAUAUCAUGCUUUCCUAGCGUCGGAAGCCAUCAUCAAACAGAUACCCCGCCUUCUUGGCCCCGGCCUCAACAAAGCAGGAAAGUUUCCGACACUCGUGACACAUCAGGAAACCCUCGAAUCAAAAGUCAAUGAGACCAAAGCAAUGGUUAAGUUUCAGCUAAAGAAAGUUCUCUGUAUGGGCGUUGCUGUUGGAAAUUGUGCGAUGGAAGAGAAGCAGAUCUUUCAGAAUGUUCAGCUCAGUGUGAAUUUCUUGGUCUCUCUUCUGAAGAAAAAUUGGCAAAACGUAAGGUGCUUGUAUCUGAAGAGCACAAUGGGCAAGCCUUACAGAGUGUUCUGAGCAGGUUAUGAGGAGCUUUGCCUAUGAGAAAAUUAUGGAGACAAUUACAUUUU